CUCAGACAAUAUGCUGUGAGACACACACAGCUCUUCACACACACUCCCGGUGAGAUGGUUCACUGAAAGCUGAGCCUCUGUGGACGGACUAAUUUCUCUGUGUGAUCACUGAACACAACUGCUGAACAACCAUGAGCAAACUUGCGAAGGCUCUGUAUGACAACACUGCAGAGUGCGCAGAUGAGCUGGCUUUCAGAAAAGGGGACAUCAUCAUGGUGAUAGAUCAAAACGUGGCUGGCACCAGCGGAUGGUGGAUGUGUUCUCUUUAUGGACGGCAUGGUCUGGCCCCUGCAAAUAGACUGCAGCUUUUACCACAAACUGGAACCACUGCACGCUCAUUAAGCCACGAUACAGAAAAACCCAAAUUAACUGAUGCUGAUGACAGCGCGCAAAAUAUCUACCAGAUCCCGAGUGUACCCCGACUCUCUAGCAGCCCAGCUUAUGAAUGCAUGGACAAGAUCUACAAGGUCCCAUCAACACCUUUAUCGGCUUCAAAAAGUCCAGUCCAGCCAGCACUUAGUCACAGCACAGAAGGACCUGAGGGAAAAAAGGCUUCAUUCUUCAGCAUGGCGUCCAGUCCAACAGGGGGGGUUUACGAUGUUCCAACCCAAACAAGACGAGUUUCUCUUUCCACUGCAUCAACAGCUCCAAGACAUUUGCCACGAAAACACUCACUGAUUCCAAUUUCAGGGCUGGAGAAAAGAUUAGACUCCCUGGAGAGUUUAAAGUGUAGCAAUACAGAAGACUCUUAUGUGUAUGCAGUUCCACCACCUUUGCAUCAAGACCCAACCUAUGACAUCCCUGUUCCCUCGGCCACAGAAGCUCAACAGAAGAUGUUGGGUGGAUACAGUACCCUUCCAGGCCCCCACAAGCCUAAGGGAAUUUAUGAUGUGCCAGUGGGUCCUGAGAAACAAAGUCCACCCCAAGGCUCCUACCAUGAUACCAUUUGCAGGCAACUCUAUGACACUCUUCCAGCACGUGCUUGGCCCAUUCAAAGAGGCAGUCCAACUCUUUCGCUUUAUGAUAUACCGAAAUCCAGUUCGAUUGACAUCCCGAGUCCACCCAAAGUGCUGCCAAGGGUCCCGAUUUAUGACAAGCCCCCAACUCAGAGGCUUACAGAGGAGUUAGUAUAUGCGGUUCCCCCACAGGAGGAACCUCUCACACGAGUUCUCAGUGAUCCUUCCAGUGAUCAUAUACCCCUAGAGUACAGGGGCGAUUCAAGCAAUGCUCAUGAACUUACCAGGGUGCAUCUGCAGCGAAUGAGAAACAUCCUGGCACGUACGUCUUUCUGUGACCUUCCUGGAAGUGGGGAGUCACUGGUGCAGGAGGACGACAAACGAGGUAGUACCCCACGUCUCUCUGCAGCAGACAGUCAAAGAAUCAGCACGGCCUCCAGCUCCUCCACCAGCUCCUGUGACUCUCUGGCUCUGAGCUCGUCCUCACCUGAGCCUCUGCGAGAAGUGACGGUCUGUCAGGACGAGGCCUGUCGCAGACUUCUGGACCUGCAGGAGUCCGUUUGCAAGGCCGUCCCCCGUCUCAUGGAGUUUGUCAGCAGUCACUGGAGGAGCAAAGAACAUCUGGAGAAACACCUGAAGGAGAUCAAAGAAGCAGCAGAGGUGAUUGCAUGCUCUUUGACUUGUUUCCUAUACUUCGCCCUGGACAUUAAAGGCAAUGCCCGUCGUUUAACCGAUGCCAACCUUCAGACGAGGCUCUAUAAACAGCUGUCCAUCGUAGAAGACUCAGGUGUGAUUCUACAACAAACAGUAAGUGCUCUAAACAUAGCUGGCUGGCCCCUUAAUACACUCUGUCAGGACCCUGGGCAGGUCCAGACACCUGAUCAACUGGAGCGCUUCGUUAUGGUGGCGCGCACUGUUCCAGAGGACGUCAAGCGCCUGGUGUCCAUCAUCAAUGCCAAUGGCAAGCUUCUGUUCAAAGUCCCUCAGAAAGCUGCAGAGCCUCUCAACACCACAGGUCACCCAGAGACAAAGAAAAGUCCUGAUGGAAGCGCACAGGGAGGGGACAUAGCGGAGGAUGACAACGACUAUGUAGAGCUCCAGACUAAGAAUGAUUUUGAAAAGCAGCAGAAGGAAGUGCAGAAGGAACCAAAGGCAAAUGCCACAUCAGUCUCUAGCACGGCACAAGCUGAUAACAACUCCUCUGAGUCUGGCAGUGGCACAAAAAAAACUCAACCACCCUCCAUGUCAGAGCACUGCCGGCUUUACUUUGGCGCUCUCCAGAAAGCCAUCGGGGGAUUUGUGGGCAGCCUUCGGGAUGGCCAGCCACCAGAGAACUUCAUUUCGCAAAGUAAGCUGGUGAUCAUGGUAGGCCAGAGACUGGUGAACACCCUGUACAGGGAGGCCCAAAGUGGAGAUUCCACCCAGAGCCUCCUGUAUAAGAGCAACCACCUGUGUGCUCUCCUAAAGCAGCUUGCUGUGGCAACCAAAAAGGCGGCGCUGCACUUCCCAGAUAAGCAAGCUCUGCACGAGGCUCAAGAGUUUGCAAAGGAACUGGCCCAAAGAGCACAGCACUUUCGGAUAUCGCUUGAUCUCUGACACUCGCACACAUUUUAAGCAUGCUGAUUUGUUUGUACAGCAAAAGACAUUGGUUUAUUCAUCAUCAGUUUACUUCUUCAUUCAUGUCAUAUUCAACUGCGUUUAAGCUUCACUAGCCAAAAGAUCAUUGCUUUCUGCUGAAUGUUGUUAUCAUGAGGAAUGCUGGUUAUUAUUGCUGAGAAUGUUAAUAAUGUUAGAAAAAGUUGCUGGGAAGAGCAGAACAAUUGAAAUAAGGAGUUGUAUUUGUACUAGAAUAAAAGACUUCACCACUGUGAAGUUCCAAAAUAAAUUGCACAUUUAUGAUACUGUCCUCAGUCCAAUUUUAAAAUGCAAUUAAAAUAUAAAGUGAAACAUAUUUUUUUAUAUAAUUUACAACCAUUUUUUACUCUCAGAAUAUUGUUUAUGUGGAUGUUUUAUGUAUUGUAUUACUUUAUUGUGUAAGAUGUAUACU